GUACUGUCAGUCAGCUAAUUGAAUUCAUUCAUCAGUAAUUCAUAAUAAUUUAUUAGUAUGUGCUAUUGUUAUUUAUAUUAAGCGAUACAAUUUGAACAAUGGGUAGUGAACCCGAUUUAACAAUCCAGCAGAAACCUGUCACCAAUUUGAUUUCAAGGGACGGUUCAUUCGCCAGUGUUGCUUCCUCGUCGACAAUGUAUCACACUGCUAAAGACGACAUCAAUAAUUCGUCCAGCUUAUACUUGACUCCAGCCGGGUCAGGAGAUUUAAAACCAGAAUUUUUCCUAACCCGACCCGAAAUUCGCCGUGACAGUAAUGCAACCACGACCAAUUCAAAUUCUGCGACAUUAGAAGGAGCGGAGAGUUUGCAGAGUUCGAGCAGUGAUUUGUACGACGACGGCAUGGGGUCAGCCGAUAAUAUGGCUGCUCGGGAAAUGUCCUCAUCCCCAUCGUCUGAAAAUGCCAUGGAGGUCAGGGAGGAUAUCUCCAGAAUUUGCAACACCAUUGCAGAAGCAGAAGAUUUCGACCGUGUGAAAAUGACGAAAAUUGAGCAGGCCCUAACAUUAGGAGACAUAGAGAAACUUGGUCAAUUGGCGACUUCACGUGCUGGAUUAUUAUCAAAUGCAUUAAGAACAAAAGCGUGGCCCAUAUUAUUAAAGGUCUCAUCUACUGAUAUUAGCAAGAAUGAGUACAAGAAAAUUCCAACAUUUUACCCUGAUGUGCCUCAGAAAAUCAACAAUCUUGUGAACCUGGACGUGGCUCGUGUCUUGAAACGAUUUCCCCCUGGGUUAACAGACCCACAGCAAGAUCAUCUUCAACUAUAUCUGAGCAAUUUAAUUUGUUCCGUUCUUCAAGGAAGCCGAUCAGAGAAACGCAGGGCCUACUACUAUCAAGGCUUCCAUGAUAUUUCACUGACAUUCCUUUUGGUUUCCAUUUCUCAAAACGUUCCUUUCCUGGCUUACCUCUGUCUAAACAAGAUGAUUGAGUCUAAUCUGAGUCCCUACAUGGAAAAGACGAUGGAUAAAACUCAUGACAUUAUUCAUGUUCUGUUUGCCGUUAUUGAAGCUGAAGAUAGAACUUUGUUUGAAAAAAUCGUGGUUGGUUGUCAUUUGCCUCCUGCGUUUUGUCUACCAUGGGUUCUUACAUGGUUUUCCCACACUCUUCCAAGUGAUACGGACGUAUUUCGAUUGUAUGAUUUCAUCCUUGGGUCACAGGAUCAACUGAGUCAACCGUAUCUGAUUCCGAUAUUUGUCUCCAGUAUGUUAGUCUUACGGAGCUCAAAAUCUAUAAUGGAAGACGAUUCUCUAAACGACAUAGCAUCAAUGCAUCAUCGUCUUUCUAAAUUACCUUCCGAGCUUGACUCGUUGGAGCCAUGGCUCAUUGACAGUGUAAAACUAAUGAAGAAAUAUAAAGGACAAGAAAAUAAACUAUUGAAACGCGGUGUAGAAAUUAAGGCAAUGCAAAACCGAUUGUGGAACGAAGACAACCACAACAGACCAAAACAUCGGCCACAUUCUACCAAUAAUGGUGUCAUUGCUUCAGUCAGCAAAUUUCUAUUCGUUCAACAUAGAUGGGCAACUUUAUCUCUUGUGAUUCUAGGAACUGCAUUUUUAUUACAAAAUAAAUACGGACGAUCAGCAUACAAGUUUGGAACGUUAAAAUCCAUUGUACAAGGUUAUGCUCCAGAACGCUUUAAAAAUAUGUUGAAAUAUUGGUCAGCCGAUGAAAGUAGUGAUGAAUGACAUUUCCGUACUUUGGGCAUUCCUUUUCCGAUAUAUUACUAGCAUCUAGUAUGUUUGACACUGCAUAAUCCAUGCAUGAGAAAAAAUAUUCGUAUAAUCACUAUAUUUUAAAUUUCGAAAAAAUAUAUAUAUUUAGUAAUUUAUAGUUUCUGAUUUUUUGCAGACAGAUGUUAUUACUUAUUAGCUUUUACAGAUAAGGCAAUUGUUAUGCAGCCUAUUUGCAAUUUAAAGUGGUAGUUAAUACUUACAAGAUUAGGUUAGUCAUAAUUGGUCUUAUCCACAUGUUCAUGUGUAGUACAUCUAUACUAUCAUUACAUAUAGUAAGUAGUUCAAUUUGAAGAAUAAACUUGAUUGCACAGACAUGUAUGUUGUAUUAACAAAAGUAAAUUAAUAAAGUAACAUUACAUGUAUUCCGCUAACAUAA